AUGGAGCAAGGUCGGAGAGCCCCUGGCGAAGCCAGGCAGAGGAAGAGACAGGGGCGAAGGCGGGCGGAAGAGGAGGAGAUUCAGGGGCUGGAUGGGAACAUCGAGCAACAGGACAGUGUCACCAGCCUCAUCCAAUGGAGGAAACACAUGGAGACGGUGAAGUCGGAGCUGCUGGAGCAGAUGCAGGGGCAGCUCGGAGACCUGCUGGACAAGGCCGUGGAGGAGGCCGCGCGGUCCUACCCGCAGCCCCCCAGGAAGGGCCAGCUGGAGAGAGAGGAUAGAGGCUCCCUGCUGGAAAAGCGGAAGGUGUUCGUCGACCGGCAGUCGCUGCUCGACGAGCUGAUGGAGGUGGAGCACUUCCGAACCAUCUACCACAUGUUCAUCGCCAUGCUCUGUGUCUUCAUCGUCAGCACUGUCGCCGUGGACUUCAUCGACCAAGGGAGCUUAAUCCUGGACUUUGACCUCUUCAUCUUUGCCUUCGGGCGUCUCCCCAUGGCGCUGGCCACCUGGAUGGUCAUGUUCCUCUACACCCUGCUGGUCCCCUACAAAGCCCUGCAGCUGUGGGCUGGCUCCUACCACACCAUGCUCUUCCCCCGCCUCUUCACUGCCAUCCUCUGGGGGGCGCUGCUGGCCUGCCACGCCGCCGUGCUUGGCUUCUACCCCGUCUACAUGGUGAUCCAGCACCAGCUCCCACCUGCAUCCAGGUUCAUUGUCAUCCUCGAGCAGAUCCGGUUCUUGAUGAAAAGCCAUUCGUUCCUGCGGGAGGCCGUACCCGGCAUCAUCCAUGCCAAGCCGCCAGACGGGGAGGUGAAGCCGCCUGCAUUGUCAACAUACUUGUAUUUUCUGUUCUGCCCCACGCUGAUCUACAGAGAGAGCUACCCCAGGACCCCUUACGUCCGGUGGAAAUACGUUGCUCAGAACUUCGCCAAGUUCCUGGGCUGCCUGUUCUAUAGCUAUUUCAUCCUGGAGCGUCUCUGCAUCCCCGUCUUCACCAACAUGAGCAAGCAGCCCUUCAGCAUCAAGACGCUGGUGCUGUCCAUCUUCAACGCCACCCUUCCAGGGACCUUCCUGCUGCUCCUGUCGUUUUUUGCCUUCCUGCACUGCUGGCUCAAUGCCUUCGCCGAGAUGCUGCGCUUUGCGGACCGGACCUUCUACAAGGACUGGUGGAACUCCACAUCCUUCGCCACCUACUACCGGACGUGGAACGUGGUGGUUCACGACUGGCUUUACUACUAUGUCUACCAGGACCUGUUCUGGCUCUUCAGAGGGAGAUCCCGGGUCGCAGCCAUGCUGUCAGUCUUCAUCACGUCCGCCAUCGUCCACGAAUACGUCAUCACCCUCUGCUUCGGCUUCUUCUACCCUGUCAUGUUCACCCUCUUUGCCAUCAUCGGAGUGAUCUUCAACUUCCUGCUGAAUGACAAGCGGAAGAGCCCGAUCUGGAACAUCAUCAUGUGGACCUGCCUCUUCAUCGGCCAGGGCAUCCAGGUGUGCUUGUACUGCCAGGAGUGGUACGCCCAGAUCCACUGCCCGCUUGAGCAGAAGACGUUCUGGGGGCUGGUGACACCACGCUCCUGGUCCUGCCGCAGCUAGAGGCCCCUCUGGAUGCCGCCUUCCCCAUCGCACCAGGAGGAUGCUCAGCUGCACCCAGGCCUGCUGGACACCCCAGCUACCAAGAGCUCCUGCUGCCAGGAUGCAUGGAGGAGCUGCACGUGCCCUUCUCCGCCCCUUUGGCUCCUUUCUUGCUCAGCGUGUCCAAAGUGGAUCGGGCUGGACCACGUUUCCCCCAUGAGGCCGGGCCUUCGGUCACUUCCCCAGGGAGGCUAUGGGCAAGAGGGCAUUGCCAAUGGGCCUGGCUCUCUGGAAAGACCUGGGGUAGGGUGAGGAGCAGCUGCCAACCCAGCCAUGCGCCAACGAGCUACACUGGACAUUCUGGUACUGAGACAGCCCUGUGCAGUGUGUGGACGGGCCAGAGUAACAGCAGGGGCCAUCCCUUGCCGCAGCCCCUGAUUCACGCCCGGCUGCUGGACUGUCUUUUUCAUCCACUCCCAUGGGGGAAAAGGCCCCCCACACACAAACGUGCCUGGUUCAACAGGUUACUGCUCCACCUCUGGAUAAGACCCAGACUCUGGCAUUGUCUCACCCUACAAAUCAUUGGGUGCCGAUCCUGACACCAGGCACGGUUCCUCCAUUCACACUCCCCCACCACCCCCAGGCAAUUGACACAAUCCUCUAGGCCAGCAGGUUAAUCAACAGGGCAGCGCAGCACUUGGGGUAGAUCAAGGGGUUUGUGAGCUCAAAACCUCAUCUGCACGUGCCAUGAAAGGAGAGAGCCCAGCCCUUUGGCUUCACUAACAGGGCAAGUUGCCAUGAACUCCAGCCCCAGCUGGCUGCCAGUUGGGACCUGUCUGCCUGGGGUGGCAUCUCCUACUGAGCAAGGUACAGUUUUAGCACUACUGUACCUCUGCCAGUGCAUCAGCGGGACCCUGCGGCCAUCGACUCACUCACAGGGCCAGGCUUUGCUACCAGCAGCUCCCAGCCAUGCUGCUCCAAGGACAUUGUCCCAGUACAACGGUGUCCAGUAGGAGUGUGGACUCCUUUAUUGGUAUAAAGGUGCCUUAUACCAGCAUAGCUACUUCCCCUUGCAGUGUGGCGGAGCGGAUUGAGGGUUGACGCAGGCCUUAGAAGACCUGGGUUCUGAUUCCCAGCUCUACCACUGGGUGACCUUGAGCAAGUCACUUAGCCUUCCUGUGCCUCAGUUUCCCCAUCUCUAAAACUGGGAUAAUGAUAGUGCUCUCCUUUGUAAAGCACUUGAAGAACUACUGAUAAAAAGUGCUCUAUAAAAGCUGGAUAUUAUUAUAGGCAUUCUUACACCAAUAUAACUGCAUCCACACCAGAGAGGGAGUCUGUGCUGCUUUAACUAUAUGGGUAUAGCCGAAACGGUACAACUUUUGCAUGUCAACAAAGAUAAGUUGUUUAUGAAUGGGGUGGGUAGGGAGAGAGAGAGAGCGUGUGUGUCAGUAGUAUUAAUAUUGAUAGCAGAACUGAUCAAUUUGUUUCCAUUAAAGUAUUUUCAAUGAGAAGUAGCUUUUUGAACCAUGCAAACAAUUUUGGUGGACAUUUUACUUUGCAAAUUU